AGAUUAGCCACUCCUCCGACACACGGAUGCGGAGCAAAAAUGAAAGCUAACAGCGAGUGAGGUUUGUUCGCAUUUUUUUUUUCUCCCCUGUCAAACAUGGCAGGUGACUUGUGGAGUUUCGCGCUGGAAAAGGCCGAGCUGCUCUCCAGCCGUUUGCGGGAGCUGGUGUCUUCGGGACAAGGCUUGGUUCGGGCCCAGUUCGGAGUGGAUCUGGGUCUGAAGCCCGAGCUGUACCCGAGCUGGCUCGUCCUGUCAGCGGCAGCGGUCGGCCUGCUGCUGCCGCUGCUGCUCGGCGCGUCCUGGGCCGCGUUGUGCGGCGCCGGCGGAGGGCGACCGGUCGGCAAAAAGCGGGCUCCCCAGGUCAACCGAGGCGGCGAGGAGACGCAGAAGGCCGGCUUUAACGGUAAAAGCGUCAAACCGGAGGAGCCGAAAAGGAGAAACAGAAAGAAAACCGGCGACAAGAAGACUCAGUCCAAUGGUCAGCCGCCGGUCGUUGCUCAAGGGGAAGUUAAAGAGAUUGUGGCAGCUUCAAAACCAGCUACGCAGUUAAAAGCUGUUAAGCAGGUGCAUGAGGCGUCGCCCCCAGUGCAGGUGAAAAAAACCAAGAAGAAACCUAAGACAGAUGUGAAACCAGUCCAGGUGUUGCCCACGAGUGAAGUGAAAGAACCCGAUGAUGGUGCAUGGGAGACUAAAGUCAGCAAUCGAGAGAAGCGGCAACAGCGAAAGAAGGACAAAGGUUCAGAAGAUUCUGGGAGCCCGGGAGGCAACAAGGCUUCCAAGGCCCACGUCGAAACACCUGCAGCCCCAGCAACGAACAAAAAGAAACGAGGAAACAACGAGAACCAGCAUUCGAGACCAAACUCAAAGGGAGACGGAGCCAGUGGGAAAGGCAAAGCAUUGAACUCUUCCUCUGCAUGGAGAGCAGAGCCUACAGUCAACGGUGAAGGCUGGCCUGAUGUUCCGUUGAAGGCCACUGGUCAAGCUGGUUCUGUGGAAGGAAAGAAGUGGAGCUCCAUACCUCCAGUGGUACCUCAAGCAGCCGCUUGGAGCAGCAUGGACGGGAAGAUGAAGGCAAUGCCCUUUUCUGUGCUGCAGCUGAACUCUGCAGAUCCAUUAUCAAAUUCAGCUAAGUUGCAGUGGGCCAACCAAACCAUUGUUGACGAUCAGUGGUCAGGAGUCAAGGGGACAGCAGCAGAUUCCUCCUCUGACUGGAGUGCCCCAGCGGAGCACUGGGGAAACUACGAAGAGCCUUCUGUACCAGCGGUAGCAGCAGCAGCAGCCCUGCAAAAGGAUCAGCCCAAGGUAUCAGAAGAUGAGAAGAACACUGACGAUCCUUCAGGUGGAGCAGCAAAAUCUAAGAAGAAGAGAAAGAAGAAGAAAGCAGAAGAGGAGCCUGCAGCUGAUGCUCAAACUCCGAGUGCAGCUGCUGUACACAGCGCAGCAACCAAAGUCCCAGAGCAUCCUGCGCUGCCGCUAAAUUCACAGAAUACCAGCAUAUCAUCCUCUCAGAAGAAGUCUGAGCAAACCGUCGAACCUCAGAAGCCCUCCCAGAAGAAAAAGGUCAGAAGGGAAACUUAAAGGAACAACACGAGUCUCUACAAAUGUUAUGCAAAUGAUUAAGAGUGUCUCAUGCAAUAAUUACCAGGUACAGUUUCUGUCUUAGAUGUGUAACUUUUUAAUAGCGACAAGAGGACAGCGGGCAGCAGCUCCAACCUGCUGCAUAGCAGUGAAAUGUGGUCCUAUGGACUGUUAAUUGUAACUAAUUUUGCACUAUUUGCUAAACUGCAACCUGAGGCAGAGUUUCAGGUGGGAUUUCAGUAAUGCUACAUGUUUAAAAGUUUUGCAAGUAUAUAUCCAUCUUUAUUUUUAUCCACCAGGAGUGUGUGUAAUUGUCAACCCAAAAACAAACAACGUGGGUUUUAAUUUUUUUUUUUUUAUCUUGCAAAGUCUGAGUUAGGCUGGACCCCCUAAAUGAUGCACUUUGUUUUGGUUGCUCUUUCACUCCCUCUCUGUGACUAAAUGAUCCUUCUACCUUUGUGCCAAAGGUAGAAGGAUCUGUUUAGAUUUUGGUUGAUCCAACACCGUCUUAUUGUAAUAUUACGUUUCCAUUCAGAAGUUUACAUACAUUCAUUAUGGACAUAAAUGACCUAUUCUUGCACCUUUAAUCAUUGAUUUGAGCUAUUCUUAUCUACAAAGUCCAGCCAGUACACAAGGUUUUAGUGUACAUGUUUGAAUUUAGGAGGAUUUUCCCAAAAAUUACAUAAGCAAACUCAAAUAUUUAUGUUCUCCCCUUUUUAAAUGUUAAUUUGAAUCCACUAGCAAAAUCCAAAAAAAAAAACUGCAUGUUUUUAGUAUCAGUCAACCUGUUUAAUAAUUCUGACUGGAUAUGUUUCCACUCCUCCUAAGAGAAAUCACAGGUUUCUUUCUAUGUUGUUGGUUUCCAGAUCAGCAACGUCCAUCAAUUUGUAAUGAGGUUGAAAUUGGGGCCAAUUUCAGAAGUUUGUUGCAGACAGCUUAAUCCAUUCAUUUUUAUUUUUGUCCGUGCGCCGAGAUGAGUAGUCUAGCAUCCAGCUAGUUUCUCUGCAACUUGCUAAGGGAUUUUAACAAAUAUUAGUGGGGGUAACAUAUACAAAAUAUAUAUGUGAGCCAGUAUGUAUAAUUUGUACCCUAUGCUAAAUUCAACCACAAGCUUCUAAGUCUUGUUUUUAAAUUAAAUCAAAGCUGCCUGUUGUAUGGACAAUGGUGCUGUUUCUAUUGCGUCUAUAAAAUCCCAUCAUUAUCAUAACAUUUACCCCUAUAAUGACCGAAUGUAGGCGUCUGACUAGAAAUGGAGACACAUUUUUAGGUAAUCUUUGAACUAGAGAAUACCUGUGGAAAACUUCUUGAUUCUAUGUUCCACACCUUUUUGAUUUGCUUUGCUAGAAAGGGCAGAACAUUUCGUGUCUGAUAGAGACUGCUUCACUCUUACUCUAAAUCAAGCGUGGUGUUUUUCCUCGCACCGUUUAAUUGCAGCUAAAUGUUGCAAGUUAAAGCAUUCCAACCUGACUAUUUUAGACAUUAAGGGUAAUUAGUAAAAGAAAAAAAGCUCUUGCAAUAUAUGAUCUUCUGUAAAUGUAGAUUUUAUGAUUCCUUUAUGACAUUCCUUGACAUUCUUCAUGUUCAAACCGUCCGUCUUGCGGAUUUUCAAAUGAAUAUGGUCUUGAUAUAUCAGGAGUUAAAAACCUCUACAGAAAGUUAUGAGUUAUUUCCACCUAACAGUUUUUGUUCAAUAACUAUCUUUGGCUUUAGCCGCACUUACAAAAUCUUGAAAUUUAGAUUGAAAUUUGCUGCAUGUCGACAAAUUAAAUUUCCUUGAGAUUGCAGUGACUGGUAGAAGCCACCAGGAGGCGCUGUAACUGAGGCUUGAGGUUGAUGGAGUCAAGGCGAUGAAACCGUAACAUCAGUAAAUGCUGUCUUUCUAAAAAAAAAAAAAAGAUCAAAGUUGUCAUUAUGAUUAAGUCUGUCCUUUUCUAAGUAUGCUUUUAUAAAUGCGUUCUUCUGCUCUCUAAAUGACUUUUUACAAGGAUUUCUUCCAGUUUUUUUCUAGAAAAAGUCACGCCAUAUGUAUAGAAUGUAAGGGCUUUUUUCUAGUUUGUGAUUGCACUGUGCAGAAACCUGUAUAGUUUCUUUUUAUUGCGAAUGAAUUGUUUUUAAACGUUUUUUUUUUUUUUUUGCCGAAUGUGAAACUUUUUUUUUUCUUCCCAAGAAUGAAGGUUUUUUUUUUAAAUGAACUAAAUAAAAAGAAAAACCGAAUGAAAAGAAGCUUUGCAAAAAAUGUGACAUGAAGGAGUUUGAACUCUUCAUUCAAAUUGUUUGAGCGUAUACAUUUAAAAGAAAUUCAUUUCUACUGCCUUAAUCUGCCGUAUAGAAAGUUUCUUGGAAUCCUUUAGCUUCCAUCCUUUUGCAAGUUUUGGUGUGAAUUUUUAUUUUAUUUUUUUUAUUUUUGCAUGACUUUGGUAAUAGUAUUUGUGGGGGAAAAAAGAGAAAAGAGACCAGUCUUUUUUUUUACUCUAACUAUUUUGUUCUAAAGUACCUCUUGUUAUAAAUAACGUAACAGCUUUAUGUUAGAAGAAAACUUGCAAACUUCUUACUUUUUAUGGGCAUCUGUUUUUUUUUCUCUCUCUCUCUCUUGACUCUUGAAUUACUCCUGAAAUAUUAAAAUGUUAAUUAACUGGUGUUGAUUAAUGUUUGUAGGUCUGAAAUGAUGUUACACUGUGGAUUCAGGUGCCCAUUUUGUUCCCUUUUUUACCAAUGAGUAAAAUUAUUUCUUGUAUUUAUACAGUUGUGUCUAAAAAAAAAAAAUCUCGGGAUGAUUUUGUUAAGGACAGCAUAAUGAUCUUUCUAUGUUUGUUCUGGAAAGAAUUAAAUGAAAAAUGCUUCAUAUCA